AUGAAGGACAGGAAGCGCGGUCUAUCAAAAGAAGAGUUGGAGGAAUUAGAGUUGGAGAAUAUCCCCACACGAUUGAGCGAAGGCUUAUACUGCCUUGAGCGAAUUGAUGCAAUUCUCGCAUGGCUAGUGGCUGAAGACGAUGGCGCGAAGCAAGCUAUCGUGAAAGCGCUGAGCGAAAGAGAUGAAAGCCUAGCAGAUGUCAAAAAGACGCUCCAGGAACAACUCAACGGGGUCUUGGCCGUUGAGCCUGCAGAGAGGGAAAUGUUGGAGACUUUGGUGAGAUUCCUGGAAUAG